GUUCCGUUCUUUCCGCAAAUUUUCUAUGUGUUGUUCUUCUUGUUGUUCCAUUGAAUAACGAUUGCUACAAACUACAAUCAAACGCCUGUAGGGGUGUGUGCGCGCGUUUAUUUUUUUUUGUUAGGAUAUAGAAUAGCAUAGGCACUGCUGCGCGCUUGGGUGAGCGCAGUAGGCUAGUGUUGGUGGUUUUGUCGUUUGAAUAAAGUACUACGUACAUCAUCAGCCAUCAUCGCUCGCCACACAGAGGAGAUAUCAAAAUGGCUACUAGUGAUGAUGAACAUUACCAUCUCUACGAGGUGUUUCAAAAUUGCUUCAACAAAAUCGCCAACAAACAGCCUGAAAAAGCAGGCUAUCAGUCCCCAUAUGGCGGCAUGGACAAUGGCGUGUACACACCAGAGGAAUAUACUCACGAAAGCCCAGUGUCUGGAGGGCAAAGGUACACCUCGCCAAAGGCGGGUGGCGCCCUCUAUCAACCUGAUGCGUACUAUGAUGCUCCCGGUGGGUCCUGGUACCCGUCGUCGUCCAGUGGUGCUUACGCGCCUCAUUCAGCUGGUUCCGCUUAUCACAAUGUUGGCCACGGGGCACAUCUCGGCGGUCCACAACACAGCCAUGAUCAAUACGCAAUGUCGCCGGUCGGCGUUUCACACAUGGAUGGACAUCUAAACCAAAAUCAAACCCAAUCACUUCCACCGAUGAGCACGUUUAGAGGAAAUACCGCUCAGAUACCCUCCAUCGGUCCCCAGGGACAAAAUUCACCCGCAAUCUACAACGCAAUCGCUGGUCACCACAACCAACAUGCACAACAUAGUCCAAUUGUACAAAAUGAUACACUUGUCGGCAAUGCGCUGAAAACGCCCUAUUCCAUUUCACGAAAACACGAGCAGAUGUAUCCAACUGAUCAAAGCAUCAGCAGUUACGGCUCGAAUCCAACAACACCAGUGAAUUCACCUCCUCCACUAACAUCACAGCAACAACAGGCAGCCGCGGUGGCAGCAGCAGCAGCGGCGGCCACUGCCCAGCAGCAGUCCUCGGUCGCCAGUUUACACGGCGGCGCGGGUGCGCCCGGAUCGUCCAGCAGUUCGUCGGCUACCGCAUCGUCAGCAGCGGCAGCGGUAGCGGCGGCCGCUGCAGGUCCUUGGCAACAAAUCAACCCUGUGAUCAACAGUAACCCCGGCACAGCAGCCGGAUCGGUGGCCGUAGCGGCAGCAGCAGCAGCAGCCUUGAACGGCCUACCGAACGGUUCCUACGCUCCGGAGCUGGUGCACCGGGGUCUACAGCACAUGGCUAACUCGCCCGAGAUCCAACCGCUGGAUGAUGCAAUUGUGUCACUGCUUAGAGAACACUCUGAGAACGGAACGGGUACCCGCAUGGAGGAGCGUCUCGAUGAUGCGAUCAACAUCCUGCGGAAUCACUGCGAACCGCAGGUUGGCGUGUCGCUCUCUUCGCUGGACGGUAGCUCACCGUACGGCAGUGCAUCCGGUGCGGGCAUCGGUGGCAGCGCAGGGUCGUCGAUCAUUGGACCGCCCGGCAGCUCGCAGCUGCAUCAGGAUGCGAGUGGCAACGAUUUACCGCCGUCGGCUGCGGCUGCCGUCGCCAGUGGGCUCGUCCCGGUGAAAACGGAAAGAUUACCGAACACCCCCAUCGCGGUCAAUACGAAGAAACGCAAGGAACCGCCAGAUUCGGACACCAAACCGAGCAGUUCGGUAACGGGCUCGAGCAAGGGCGCGAAGCGGCAGCGGAAGUAUAAAACUUCGCGUAGUUGUUCCAGUGCAGAUGACGACGAUGAUGAUGAUAUCGAUCCGGUGACAAAGGAUCGGAAGGAAAAGGAACGAAGGCAGGCCAACAAUGCCCGUGAAAGAAUACGUAUUCGCGACAUCAACGAGGCACUAAAGGAGCUAGGUCGAAUGUGCAUGUCCCACCUAAAGUCCGACAAGCCACAGACCAAGCUCGGCAUUCUGAACAUGGCCGUCGAGGUUAUUAUGACGUUGGAGCAGCAAGUGCGCGAACGUAACCUUAACCCAAAAGCUGCAUGCCUAAAGCGGCGCGAGGAGGAAAAAGCGGAGGAUGGUCCCAAACUGCCCCCUCACAUACUGCACCAGACACCGUACCCUUCACUACCCGGCCCGCCGCCAAACCUUCCUCACAACCCUGGGCCACCACAAUAGCAUAAUAGCUUAAAUAAUUUAAUUCGAAGAUAGCACAGCAAGCAGCAGCACACAUGUACAUAUACGGCCGUAGGUGAAUCGUGCGAAUGCGUGGACUGGUGGAUGUGGUUGUGAGAUAAAUCCUGGUGGAAUGUGACUGUGUCCUAAAAUCAUAAUAAUAAAUGUAUAGACGGUAGGCGUGUAUUUAAUUAACAGCAAACAAAAAAAAAAGAAACAUGAGGCAGGUCACGUUACACAAGCACACACACAUUUCACUAGCGUACGCGCGUGUGUGCGUGUAAUGGCGUCCAUUCAUAUCAAGCAAGCAGCGCUCUAGCUAGCGUAAAUAGAAGAUCGGAUGAAGGUCUAUAAAUACAACAGCUCAAACAAAAACUGUAAACCACAGGUAUUUUAUGUAUGUUCCGGGAGUCAACGGGCAUACAAAAAGAAAAGAAACAAUAGAGAAUAGGCAGAAACCGAGCAGUUUAAAUUGUCAAAGGAUAAAAAUAGUAGCCACUAAUUGAAUGGUUGUAUUUUAAUGGAUAAAUUGAAGUGGGAAUUAGUAAUUGAAUGUACCUACAUCAUGAACAUCACGUACUGAAGUGGUAAGCGGUCCAUGUUUUCGUUGGAGAUUGUAAUUUCGACGGAUGGUUACUGUAAAGUUUGAAGAUUGUUUCUUGUUCAAAUUGGCUCUCAAAAUAUAGUUUUGCGAGAAAACUAUGACGAGUAAGCCAGCAUGAAUGAAAAGCAAUUUUGAUUUUCAAUCGACGCAAUAAGUAGGCUCUAGAUUACUUUUGUACUACUAUAUUCCAAUCUAGGUUCAAAGGUACAAAGACUCUACUAAAAAUGUUAAUAACCGAAUGCAAACCAAUUUUUUUUAUUUUAGUUAUUGUUCCCUUACUGCAACAACUUUAUGAGACUCAUUUUCAGCAGUUUUGAGCAAGCUCAUCCCGCUUAAACUGUGAUCAUUUCACUGUACCGCCUCAACCGAGUAGAAUGUGAAAAAGUUAUACAUGGCAUACUUGUAAAGCUAGUUGUUAGUUACAAUAUUACUGAGCUUAUCUUGUAUUUAUUGAGCCAUGGAGCUUCUAAAGGGAUUGCAGUCGUCUUCAGGACCGUAAAUUCAAAAGAUACAGUAGUGUUUAGUUCAGUUAUUAUUGUAGUUAUAAGUAGCUCUUAAAGUGUCCCAUACAUAACUUUUUCGUAUUCUGCUUGACUAACGCAGUACGGUUGAUUGUGAAAAUUCGAAGUGAAAUUAAAAAAACAAGCCUGGUUUUGAGAAAAGAUUUUUGAGUUGCUGCAUGGAGCGCAGUUUGAAAAUCUCCAGGCAUUAUUUUUGUUUUGGUAUUUUGGAAAUACAGAUUAAAGUUGUGGCAACAAGGGAACACUAUGUUCGAUCAGCCGCCGGGAUUCCGUUCUCCAACCGAAACUUCGCUUCUGACAGAAACUAUCGCUCACCAUCCACUACAACGAAACAGUAUUGCGCUUCGUCUCCCUCCCGCACACAUUAGGAAGGAAUCGUGCUCGCGCUCUGAGAAAGCCAAAUUGUUAAGCAAUCAUAGCGGAAUAUCACACUUUCCAGAUUUGCAAUCAUACGACUGAGUUAGACACACACAUACAACAGGUGGCGCGAAGCAAUAGAGCAAAUCAUAGACGCUGUACUGUAGGCAUUUUCAUUUAAGGUUUGGUUUAGAUCUUGUGUUGCAAAUGCUUUAGGAGGGAACUAGGAUGCUAGGGUUAAUGACAGGGAAGCUUCACUUUGCAGAACAUUCGUUACGAACUUCUCGACAUGGAAAUGUUAUUCUACGCAUUUUUGUCCCAUGAAAAUCUAUUAAAACAUGGCAUGACUAGGCGCAGAUUAGCUGUGAACAGGUGUAUGUUUCUGAACUGUUUAGUGUACAACUUUUUAUAUACCCAUACAACAAGCAUCCCAAGUUUCUUUCAGUCCAUUUGUGACUUGCAUGUUUUCGGCGCAGUCUACUUAUCUUUACAGGGUGGCUAGGGUUGCUUGUCAGUACAUCACAUUCAAAAAACCAAACUAUAGCUUCAAUGUCAACAAACAACAAAUUAGAAACUCAGUUCUUUUCUCUCUCUUCAAUCGAAGGCGUGCGUCGCAGCUGGUGUGCACGGUUUACUGAGGCAUAUUGUCCUAAAUAGUAACUUUGCUUGAAUGUUUCCAAAGUGUGACCUUUUAUGCUUCCGAAUUCUCCGAGCAUGUAUCAUCAUGCAAAGUAAUCCAAAGGAUUAAGUUCCGGUAAGGAAGCAGGCCAUUUUUUGUGACGAUAUAAAAUAAGGUACAUUCUGACGAAACCACUUGUAUUGCUUUUGAUUGAUGAGAAACAAAUAACAUUUAAAUUUGGGUAAAGCCAACCCACUGAUGAAAAGCACUGACAUGCAACCCUCCAAUUACCUUGUAGAUUAUUAUCCAAUUUCUUUAUUUUAUUUUAAAAUUUCUCGGUGUCUGCCAGUUUCUUACGCCCUGUUGAAGUUUGCUCCUUGCAGCAACAACUGUCCAUAAAUUGAGUUUUUUGUACUUCAUUUGUACUGAAAUCAUACUUAAAAAAAGUAGAUUUAUUUCUGCUGAGUUAUUAGUUUGCUAUUACUUUAGCGUUAGCGUUAUUUUAUUUUGUUCACCCAGCGAAAGAAGGAAGCACCUGCGUAGCAAAGUUGCUAGUCAGUGCGCUAGGCUAGGCUAGGCUAGGCUAGGCUGACAAAAAUAGUACUGGAAUCCGGUAGGGAAGUUUUGCAGUGGAGAACGAAGCUUUCAGCGGAAACCGCAGCUUUUCGCCGGCUUAUAACAAGCUAUACUUCUCCUCCUAAUAGAGGCUGAUAAUGGUUUCAUUGGGAAUCACUCGGAUAUUCUAUAUUUGGAAGCAUUGUUUGCCUGGUAAACUUGUUUGUUUUACUGCCGAAUAAACUUUCAGAUGAAAAACUGUUCCGUCGGAACAGCUUUGGGAAGUUUAACUCGCUUUUCGGGUAUAAAUGAAAUUCAACUCGAAACAGUAGUGCGGUCUGGACAACGCUUUAAAAUAUGGAAUCUCCCGAAAAGGCUUCUUUUAUCCUUCAUUGCCCAGUUAUCCGUUUCAUUUUGUUUAUUUUUUUACCAAGAGAGAAAUGAUUUCAUGUGAUAUAUUAAAUUAAUGCCGGCCCCAGACCGAUAUUUACACACUCUCUGUAACAAUCUUGCGUGUGUGUGACAAAUAUAGACCGAAGGAUGACGAAUCUAUGCAAAGAAAUGUGUAAACUAAACUACAGGUGCGGUGCGUCGUCGUUAGGGGUUGAAGAGUAGAAGACGAACCUUUUUUUUUUGUUAAGUCGUCCAACUGCGCGGUCGGUGGUACUGACAUUGUGUAUUUUCAGUAAGAUAUUCAAAUUCAAUGGUAGCUACAACACUACAACACGGCCUCAUAAAGCAUCACAGUUAGAAACUAAAGAUUUCAGAACCUUUUCCGAAAGUCGGAGAUAGUCUUCGCUUUUCCGCACCCCAGAAAAAGCGGUUUGUUUUCUCAAACGUAUUGUUUAACGAGAAAAUUACUUAAUAUUUUUUUAGUUAGUUUACUAAGUAGAUGACAGGAAACAGAGAACAGAUUUAUAUUAUUUCAAACAGCAAAAGCAGCAAAGCAUAGGAAAAUUUUAUCAUUAGUUAUUUUUAAUUUUAUUUUAGUUUCCUUUUUUAAAUUUAUCCGUAGUUUUAUAUCGGUAGUUUUAUUAUAUUUUCAACAAGUAGCGAGGCGUAAAAACGUAGUAAAGAAGGAAACAACCGACAACGUGCUAAAGUCUCAAGAAUGAACGAAAUCAAUAUUUUUAUGCGUACGCUAAGAAAUCACAGAGAAAGAAAGAGUUAAGAUAGAAAACUGUAUUAUUCAUUGUAUAAAAUAAAAUAAAGAUGAAGUAAAGCGGAAAAAUCAUACAAAGCAUAAUAUUUCUUUUUUUUGUUCCACAUAAUUUUAAACGUUUAUUUUUUAUUAACUUAAUUUUAAAACAAGCUGAAUCGUACAGACGUCGAUAAGAACCGCAAAUGAAAAGGUAUUUUUAUGGGAAAAAACUAUAUAUUUUAUAAUGUUUUGUAUUCGAACGUGAAGCUAGAGUAAAUUUUUUUAGGGGGUAAACAUAAAUCGACACUUUUUGAUCUUGAUACAGGGCAAGAAUGUGUUUCGUAGUUCUGUGCUUACCCUUUCUACCCAUUUUUGACUAUGAAACCAAGAGCAAUCCUAGGAAACGAAAACAAAAAGAGAGAGGCACAACUCAUUUUGGUUGGCAUAUAUUUUCACAUUGUUUUAUAUUAAUUUUCUUCUUCAUUUGUUUGAUUUCGCCUUUUUCAUCAGUAUGCGUUAGGUAGACAACCAAUAGACACAAAUGAAACACUAUCUAUCUAAAAUGUAAGCCAACAACCAGUGACAAAUAAUAAUCCAAAGUUACACAGCAGCAAACAAAUGCGAAUGGAAAUUGUUCAGUAUCAAACACGUAUAGGAUCUAAGCAGACAAAAAAAACUUGCAUCUAUUUCACUCAAAAUCUCUUUUAAGAUUAGAACAAAACAAGCAAGACCCAGAAAGAAGCUCUAAGUAAAACGAGAAAAAACACUAAGUAAAACCAUGCAGAACUAUUUAUCGUGCAAAAGAAAAGUUUCUGUGUUAUUACAAAUUGCAAGUAAAACAAUGAAAAUUAGUAUAAAAUGAUUGGAAAUGAUGGACAAAUUGUAAAUGCCACAAAAGAGUAAGAAAAAAAUCAGAUCACAGUGUAUAUUAUGUUAUAAAAAUAAAU